AUGGUCCCCUACAGUUUGGUCCCUGCAUACUUACAUGACAAAGAUAUACAAUUCUCGGCAGAAAAGCACACGUCAUGCGAAUAUGAGUCGAGCGCUCAAAUGAUUCGUAUCCGGCAAAAAUAUAUGCACCCAUUACGUUACUGGUUGACGUUUGGUAGACACGUUGGAAGCGAAUGUAUGCACCCGGUGGGUUUUCUUGCAAAACUUCAGCUUCUUUUGUUCGCUCACGGAGCAGUGCUUCAAGAUUCUCCUUCUCAGUUUGAAUGUCCUGCAAACCAAACCGGUCCCAGAUAUGAGUACGGCAGUAUGACACAGAAAGGUCCCGUCAAAUUGCGCACAAAUCGCUUAAGAAACCGACAGACCAGCAGAUUCGGAAGUUAG